AAUAACAAAUAAUAGCAGCAGCAUAAUGUAAAAACAAACAAAAUAGCUUGGUUGGUUGAGAGACGAUAAGGAGUCAGCCCUUCCCUCCGGCGCCAUUGUGAAAUAAAUAGUGGAUACUGCAUCAUUCGUGGGGGACGACAUGUUUACUGUGGCCUUGUUUUUACAUGGUUGACUUCAGCCUCCUAUUGUUCUGUUUUGAAUUCAAAAGUAUGAUGUUAGUAUGAUGUUUAAUGUGAGGUGAGUAGACUGUUGAGUGUAGUGUUUUACAUCAAGCUGUGUCUUCAUCUUGAAUACACUGAUUGACAAAUCUAGCAAUGGGUGCUGAAAUGUCAGGUUCCAAAUUAUUGAACUGCAGGGAAAGGUGAACUGAGAGAGGAAAUUCUUCAUGCCAGCAAUUUUGCUCUGUUAAAGCUGCAGUAGGUAUGUGUAGAAAGCAGACUUUGCUAGCAAUAGUCCAUCAAGUCAACUGGAAAGUUGCCAAUUUUCAAAGUAGGUGACUGGUGCUAUCUCGACAAAAAACAGGCUUUGUUCAGUCACUUUACCAACUUUAUUAUCCAUAAUAUAAAUGGAAUGCAUGAACAGGAAUGUUACCAACAAACAAACAUUUAUCUGGCUCCAACUUCUGCUCCUCUGUGUGCAGCGAUAGACCCUGCCUCAGCUGAACAGGAGGGGAGGGACUCAACUCUCUCACACACUCUCGUUCGCUUUCUGUGCCUUCUGCCUGCAGACAUAACUGUUAAUAAAUCCCAAAUAAUGAAAUUGAUAUAAUUAAUCAUGUAUAUUUAUCUGUUUAAAUCUAAUUAUUUGUGCAUAUUAGGUGCAUCCCUACUAGGGACACGAUUGUCUGGAAUGAUAUUUCAGAGUGAUUGCAGAGUGAAGGGCAGUCAAAGAAGCUGGAUCUUCUCUCAGAACAUUUUACAUACUGAUAGCUGACAGUGUGUGAUGACAAUUUCACGAAAUUGUUAAAAAUAACUAUGACCUAAUGCAGCUUUAACAUGAAAGCUUACUAAAAUUAGAGAAUCUACAUCCAUCUUUGAAACUGAGGCAUGCAAAAGCGUUGUAUGUCAGUAAAAAAAAAUCUUAACCAACUCAUCUUGCUAAGUGAAAAAAUAUUUUAUAACUAAGGUUGAUUUUAUUACUAAUUAACUGCCCAUUUCAGGGAACAAACGGUACCUAAAUGAUGAAACAGUUGACUUACUGGUCAUUAUUUGUAGUUGAUCGGUAUAUAUGACAUGAUGUUUUUGUAUUCACAUUGUUCACUUUGGCCUGCUAUUGUUUUUGUUUUCACAUGGUGGAUGUUGGCCUGCUCUGCUGAUCCUGUGUAAUGUAUUCAGAUAUUUCAAAGCAGAAACUUUGUUUGGAGAGGUUACUUGACACACACACACACACACACACUCAACAUGGCAACCACACUGGAACUUAUAGGUGGUCAAGGAGGCAGUGCAUUUGAAUUCCACGGCAUGAACAACGGUGCCACCCUCAAGAAGAUUGGAGUGGCGGUGGAAGGCUGGCAGGUGAAAGCUGUGCGGGUGGAGCUUACCGACGGCCGCGUUGCGACCUUUGGAGAGGCUAACACUUUCAAAGAGUUUGAGUUCAAACUCGGCGAGCGCAUCACCAAGCUGUCUCUGUGGGGUAACGGCGCCGGCACACGUCUGGGUGCCAUCAAGUUCACGACAAAUGAGAACAGGGAGUUCUUUGAAAAAAUGACCAGCUGGGGACUGAAGACUGAGUACACCAUCAAUGUGGGGUCCGGAAUCUGCCUGGGGCUGCAGGGCAGGUCUGGCUCGGACAUCGACUGCAUGGGCUUCCUCUUCAUCAACACCGUCAAGUCGUCCGUGCUGACCGACAUGGAGUAUCCCACCCUGUCCCUCUUCAAACCCCAGGUGACCCCAGAACAUGUGAAAUCUGUGUCUCACCAGAACGACACCUCCUUGGUUCUAGAAAAGUCCAUUACAUACAGCAAGACCCUGACCAAGACUUCCUCCUGGUCAAUCAGGAACAAAAUGGAGUCCACCUUGAAUGUGUCGGUCAAAGCAGGGAUCCCAGAUCUGGUCGAGGUGACAUCAGGGUUCAGCUUGACCGUAGGAGUGGAGCAAUCCACCAGCCUGCAGAAGACAGAGACCAUAACAGAAUCGGGUACCAUCAACCUGAAGAUCCCGCCAGGGAAGACCAUGGAUGUUGAGAUCACAAUGGGGAAAGCGAAUAUCGACCUCGACUACAGGGCCACAGUGAAAGUCACCUGCAUGAAUGGCAGUCAGCUGGUCUUCCCAUCCAACGGCAUCUACACUGGUGUAACUUACACUUCAGUGAGGAUGUCCACAAAGGAGAGAUGAGUCAAGUGUGUGACUUUAUGAAUAAAAAGUGCAGUAAUAGAAAUUGAGACCAUUACUGAUUCUUUGUGUGCCUUUUCUGUUAUUAUGAUCAUCAUUGAGUGAUUCUAAUUGGACCCAGUUCUUUGUCUCAGCAGAGGGUAUAACAAUAGGUGGGUCUUUCCUACAAUCUGGUGCCUUUUGUGUCCAAUGACAUGUUAAUAACACAUUUUGUGUGAAUUAUUGAACAACAUUAAUUUCAGAAUGUUUUCCAUGUAACCCACAUACAAAUGAGCAUAGUUAGGAGCCAUGGGGGAUCCCAUAGCAGUACCCUUCGUCUGAAUAAAGAAAUCAUUUAGAAACAUGAAGUAGUUGUGUGUGUACUA